CCUGCCAAAAUGUGCAAAGGGGCUGUCAUUCCGUGGCUGGCAGUGGCCCUUGGGUGGCUUUAUCUGACACCAGCCAGGUCGGAGGUUAUCCUUACGGCGUUUUGGGGCCAAUCCGUGACUUUGCCCUGUCUGUACUCAUCCUGGUCUCCGAACAGCAACAGCAUGUGCUGGGGAAAAGGCCAGUGUCCCAAUUCCAAAUGCAACCAGGCGCUUAUCCACACAGAUGGAAUCGGAGUGACUUCACGCGCGUCAGAAAAAUACAGACUCAGUGGGGAAAUCCAGAGGGGUGACGUGUCCCUGACCAUCUUAAACACAGAAGAAGAGGACAGUGGAGUGUACUGCUGCCGCAUAGAGGUGCCUGGCUGGUUCAAUGACGUGAAGAUGAACAUUCAGCUGGUGUUAAGGAGAGCCCCAACAACUAUAGGCCAAAUAUCAACCUCCCACCAAGCUACCACCACUAAUUUGCGGACAACCACAACUGUGCUGCCAACAACAGCCAUGGCUGCAGCGACCUCCCACCUUACCAGCACCCCGUUUGUGCCUAUAACCAGUGCUGUGCCACCAACAACAGUUGUGACCUCAACAGCCUCCCACCGAACUAACACCCUUGACAUGCCAACGACUGCAGCUGUGCUGCCAACCACCUUCCAGACUACACGUGAGCUCACAGCCAGAACCCCAUUUCAGACACAGGCCACCUCUAUCUUCAUAACAACAGCAACCACGUGCCCCCUGACAAGUCCGAGCUCUGUCCCAGAGAACACCCGGGAGCCUUCCACGCAAGGGCCCAUCUCCACUCCAGGACCCAACAACUCAUCACAGGUGACAAGGAAGACAUCUAAAGACAAAUCUGUGAAGAAAGCUCCAGAGCCAAAGCUCCGCACGCAGAUGGACACCUACCUGCUGAUGAUAAUCAUUGCUUCUGGUUUGGGACUUGCACUCCUGACACUGCUUGGGGUGUUUCUCCUGCGAGGAAAAGUCAUGAAAGCCAGUUGUUUGCAGAAACACAAAAGUCUUGCCGUUCCUCUUUCUCAGCCUGCCUCGUCUCUUUACAGCCCACAUGACCCGGGAGAAAGCCAAAAUGUCCUCAGUGACAUGCAGCAUGGAAAGGAGGAUGAAGAUGGCCUCUUCACACUCUGACUCACUCCGCUCAGCGCUGUGGGGUGGGGCCUGGCGUUUGAAGGGUCCAAACAAGUUUUGGGAUGUUUUCGUUUAAAAAAAAACUCUCACCUUUUCCACUGAUGUCAUAGCCCCAGUCUUGUUUUCAUCUCUCAGUUGAAAGGUAUUUUUUUUUUCCAGGAUCGGAAAUCAAACUCAGGACCUUUCACUUGCCAAGCAGGUGCAGUGGAACUGAGCUAAAUCCCCAGCCCUAGAAAGUACUUUGGAGAACACAUCUUCUUUGCACUAUGCUUAGUCAGCUCCUCCAUAUCCCUGCUAAGUGAACUUUUUACAUUGUGCUCGAAUAUUCUCAGAGAUGGUGAACUCAUUACCACACCGUCUCGUCACCAGUUCAGACUAGAGAGUUUCACUCGAGAUUCAGGCACCCAAAAGAAAAGACACAGAACUGUGCACUGGGUUAAACAUCUUUUGUUCAGCUGCCCCCAGCCCCUGGGUACUCGUGGCAGGUCUCAUGCCCCUGGCCCACUCAUGCUCGCAGCAGGCCUCUGCUGCUUAGUCUACAUUUAUACCAAAGCACACAAAGGUGGCUAUGCACCAGUAACAACCUUGGAUAGUUACUUACGUCGGCCAGCGCUGACCUUGGUUGUGGAACUUAUUCAUAUUGCAGUGUUGGGAGAAGCACCUGCUCGGGGUCCUGCUGACAAAGACCCCACUGCCUCCCCAUCUCCUUCCCUCCACAGCCCAAACCAGAGCACCGCCAUCUUGGCGUUUGCCCUUCCCUACACAGCCAUGGGAGUCCAUUCGAUCUCAGGGCAGUUCUAAGAGUAAGAAAUAUUUAAAACAAAAUCUGUCUCCAGAUAGCAUUACUGUGCUGGUCUUAGCCUCACACACUGUGCUUACUCAGAGCAUUACUGCUGUAUGUGCCUAGAUGUCCCCUCAAAGCCUCACGCAAAUGAGGUGGGGCUUUUCUUUCAGGGGUGGCCAAAACUGAGUGUGUGAUGCUGGGAUUAAGGGCGUGUGACUGCUAAAUCCGUCCACUGAUUGCUUUGGCACCGCC